AUGAUAUUAGCAUCCAACAUACGGCUUGAAGAAGGAGAAGUUGAGCCUCAACGGCUGCCUGAAAGAAAAAAUACUAGGAGCAAGCAUGGGAAAACAGCCUCAAAACCUUCACGAAUAUUAUUUGCAGAGAAUUCUCUACCAGAAACAGCACCUCAGAGAGCUUCAGAACUUUUACCUUCCCCAUCACAAAUAGAUCCAGAAUUCCUAGCGGCCCUUCCUGAUGACGUAAGACACGAAAUAGAGCAGCAUUACAAACAAAAGGACUUACACGUUACGCGUGGGGACUCGCACGCUACGCGCGGGGGGUCGCACGUUACGCGUGUUCAUAUCCAAACUCAACCACCUGGUGACCGCGUCUCGGAAAGAAAUACGAUAACUUUUGAAGCAGGCGAUGUUCAGAAGAAAGGAAAAACUAAAGUUGUCGCCGCGCCAAAACAGGCGUGUUUGGGAGAAGCUGUUACUCUUUCUGAAGUGAAGAAAGUUAUCACAGAGUGGACUGAUGCUUACGAAGUUCCAUUGGAAGAAGAUGUUGAAGUCUUCCGUGACUACUUGUUACAGCUUAUUGGAACACAGAACCUGGAGCAGCUAUGGAGGGUCAUGAAGUUUCUCGAUAGGAGAAUUGAAGGGCGUGAAGAUUGGAAGAGUGUCUGUUGUGCAGUUUUAGAGCAAGUUCAACAAGAAAUUAACCAGAAAUAUCACAGCAAACUGUCUGUUAAGUCGCUGAAAUUCUCCGACAUAUAAACUCCCCUCUAUUGACUGUCACUGUAAAUUUUUAUAAUACUAAUUAAAACUUCUUCAAAUGAAAAUUUUCCAACUUUUCACUCGGACAAAUAAGAUUCCACUUUUGUGGAAAUUUUUGUUUAGUUACUUUUUAGGCCUAGCAAAUGCGUUAACUUUGAAAUUGAUAAUCAAUUACCCGCCGACACAGCCUAACGCCUUCAGGUUCCAAAAUGGGGAAAAGUGUAGCCUGCAGAACAGGCGGAUUAGCGGGCUCUGACGCGAUACACGAGCGG